UGCGCUGCGAAAUCUCCAACCGAGGCCAUCGCGAGCAAUCGAUCGCCCCGGCGGAGCACGUACGUGCGCGCGAGACCUGCUCGAUCGACAACUCGCUCGAUCUCUCGCUCGACAACAUGGAGGCGAGGCAGCAGGCCGGCGGCGCGGCCCUGUGCGCCAGCGGCUGCGGAUUCUUCGCCGGCGCGGCGACAAACGACCUCUGCUCCAAGUGCUACAAGGAACAGCAGCUGCUGGACGUGAUGGCCUUUGAUGGCGCCGUCAUGUCCGGCCUCCGGUCGCUGACCAUUGCAUUGACGAAAGCCGGAGGUGAGGAGGAGACGCCCGAGAAGACGGUGAAGAACCGAUGCAGCGCGUGCCAGAAGAAGGUGGGGCUGCUGGGAUUCGCCUGCCGGUGCGGGGCCACCUACUGCGGCGCGCACCGCCACGCCGAUGCGCACACCUGCUUCUUCGACUACAAGGCAGCCGGCCGCGAGCAGAUCGCGCGCCAGAACCCGCUCGUCGUCGCGCCCAAGAUGGCCAGGAUUUGAGCGCUUCUAUCCACGACAUGUAUUGUAAUUGUAACCCAGGGCUGACUCCUGCGAGAGACCCU